CCAACAGUGCUUUCUGUCCACCCAAUCGACUUUGCUAGCUUCAGUUGUGCUCUGUCAUUUCCCGAGGAAACAUUGUGCUGUGGAAAAUCCCUUUCUUUGUCUGCCAAGAAAAACUUUUAUGCUAGCCUCCACAAUGGAUGUCCAUUGUUUGUUCAGUGAAAGAGAAAAACUAUUGUUGAAUUUAGCACUUAUUUGUUAUAUCUGUUAACAUCACCAUUAGUGGCUCAUAUUAGCUUAAUUGCCUGUGUUUCCAAUAGUUUUUUUUUACCUUCUGUUCUUAGUGGCUAGAAGGUGUCAAUUUUACUCAUUGACCAACUGUGUGCUUUUCUUUUUUUUCCCACACACAAAACCACUCUUUGGCGUUUGAGCUAAAGAACCGGAAUAACAUUAACCAGUGUACAGAGAGGUGCAAAAGCUAGUCCUCAAGGUAGACACAAAAAGCUCAAAAUCCGUGAUAUUGACCACAGGCGAUCAAAAUCAUGUGAUUAUUGUUUUUUUUCCUUGUCUCAACAAUCGUUCAAGAAUCUCAGAAGUAAGUCUUUUGUCUGCGAGUCCAAGAGACAUAAAACUUUUGUUGUUUUGACGAUUAUUGCCUGAGACGCCGGGUGUUUGAGGAGGCUAAAGAGAACUGAAAGUAUAAAAAAGCUCCUGUCGAGACAAACAUAGAAUCAUUACUCAUUUUGUGUUCUUAUGCUCAAGUUUCUCAUACUCUCUGGUGGCAAAAUCUUGGCGGAAAAAUCGAUAUAAAGCACCUUCAACUAGACACCAGCAAAAAUCUCACUCUCUUAAGCUCCUGCAGUGUGGAAAGUGUGUUAAAAAUAAGUUUUUCUUCUUAUUAUUGUGAUUUUGUGGUGAAAAAGAAGUGGCUGUCAUGGUUAUUUCUUCAUUCGAGUGACAAACUAAAUUUAUUUCCCAAAAGCCAAUUCGCACUUUCUGCUUCGACAUUGAAAUAAAUAAUUUUUUGUGUGGUCUGUUUGCUGCCUAAAACCACAUAAAUAUUCUACAACCGAACAAUAUACAAUUUUUUUUAUUGGAUAUUAUGAUAUAACGCUAUCUUGGAGCUAAUAUUAUCAUUAUUUAGCCAUUAUUCCCAGUGAAUAAUUCAUCUACUGGUUGGGGUGUCUUCAGCGCUAUCAAUAAUUACAUUGGAAAAUGGAGCCAGUGGACGAUGAAGCUCCCAAAGACCCUGGAGCCAGACAACUUGCCCAUCAAGGAUACACCGAACAAGACUUUGAAGGUCAUCGAGCACAUACCGUCUUCGUGGGAGUUCACUUGCCCUCUCGCGGAGGUCGAGGACGUCGACAUUCACAUCGACGCCACAAGGAGCCCCAUCACAGACGAGAUCCCGGCGAAAAAGGAGUCACAGAUAGACCAGUCACUCCUCCAUCGCAGAGAGUGCAAUUCAUCCUUGGGGAGGACAUUGACGAUGGCACCCAUGAGUCCCAUCCACUCUUCUCGGAGAUGGAGGAGCUGGUGCGCGAGGGCGAUGAGAUUGAGUGGAAGGAGACAGCUCGAUGGGUUAAAUUCGAGGAGGAUGUAGAACAGGGUGGUAAUCGGUGGUCUAAACCCCAUGUAGCUACCCUAUCCCUCCAUUCCCUCUUUGAACUACGGAGUCUCCUGCUCAAUGGCACCGUAAUGCUGGACAUGGAAGCUUCGAAUUUGGAACAGGUGGCUGAUCUUGUAUGUGACAACAUGGUCAAUGCAGGAUCUCUAUCCCAGGAAUCCAGAGAGAAGGUACGUGAUGCUCUACUUCGUCGGCAUCGGCAUCAACAUGAACGUGACCCAAAGCGGAAGGACAACAUGAGUCGCCUACCAAUUAUUCGAUCCCUCACAGAAAUCGGACGCAAUCAUUCCACAUCGAAAAACCUUCAAGCAUCACAUUCCGAACACUCAUCCGUACUCCUGAGUGUUCCAUCACCACGUGAAUACCGUGCUAAGAGUGAUUCCGAAUUGAAUCCCAAGACAUCAUCGGGAUACCUGUCCAUUCCAACAGGUGACAUAUCGCCAACACACCCACAGCCAGGUGCAGGAGUAAUCACCUGGUUUCAUGCUGGAAAUCCCAUUGGGGCAUCCCAUUGCCCCCGAGGGGAUGAAAUGGUUAAGAGCCCCAGCAAUGUUUCCAUGCAGCACAAUGGAAACGGAGGAGAUCAUUCUGAUCACAAAGCCAACACUCAGUUUAUGAGGAAAAUUCCACCUGGAUCUGAAGCUAGUAACAUUCUUGUUGGAGAAGUUGAAUUUCUAGACAAGACUCUAUCAGCAUUCAUUCGACUGAGUCAGGCCACCAUUAUGGGUGAUCUAACAGAAGUUCCCGUACCAACAAGGUUUAUGUUCAUCCUGCUCGGUCCUCCAGGCAGUCAAGAGAAAUUCCAUGAAAUUGGCCGAGCUAUGGCCACCCUGAUGUCCGACGAAGUAUUCCAUGAAGUAGCAUAUCGCGCCAGGAAGCGUGAUCAUCUACUAGCCGGCGUCGAUGAAUUCCUCGACGCUGUAACUGUCCUACCACCUGGUGAGUGGGAUCCUACAAUCCGUAUUGAGCCGCCAGCGGCUAUUCCAUCUCAAGACACGCGAAAACGUCCACCAGCGGAGAAGCCUCCGAAAGAAAAAGAGGAGCACGAUGAACAAGAAGAGGAAGCUAGACUCAGGGAGGAAUCCGGACUCUCCCGCACUGGUAGACUAUUCGGAGGUCUCAUGAACGACCUCAAGCGCAAAGCUCCAUUCUACGUGUCAGACUUCAAAGAUGCUCUAGCUCUAAAGUGUAUCUCAACAUGGAUCUUCCUCUACUUUGCUUGCUUAUCUCCAAUCAUAACCUUUGGAGGACUCCUAGGCGAAGCUACAGGAAAGAAUAUGGCUGCCAUGGAAUCCCUAGUAGCUGGAUUUGUAUGUGGAAUCGGAUAUGGAUUCUUUUCAGGUCAACCUCUGACAAUUCUAGGCUCGACCGGACCGGUUCUCGUCUUUGAAACGAUCGUGUAUGAAUUCUGCAAAACCGUUCACUGGGAUUACCUAGCUUUUCGUCUAUGGAUAGGCACAUGGAUUACGCUUAUUCUUAUAAUCCUAGUGGCUGUCGAUGCUAGUGCAUUUGUCUGCUACAUCACCCGAUUCACAGAAGAGAACUUUGCCUGCCUCAUAGCAUUCAUCUUCAUCUUCAAAGCUAUAGAAAAUGUUCUGUCUAUUGGCAAGAAGUUUCCAAUGCAUCCACCUGAAGUGUACGAUUGCAUCUGUACACCGCCACUAGGUUCGGAUGCUCAUAUGCUGAAUUGGACGAAAUUUAGCAAGAAGGUCUGCCAAAAUAUGAAUGGAACCCUAGUUGGAACUGACUGCUCCAAGCCAGAUCAUACAAAUGCCAAUGUCUUUCCCAUGUCUUUCAUCCUCUUCAUGGGAACAUUCCUCUUGUCAAUUAUUCUCAAGGAUUUCAAGAAUGCUCUCUUCUUCCCGUCAAAGAUUCGUCAAGUGAUAAGUGAUUUUGCGGUGCUCAUUGCAAUUUUCUCGAUGACCCUAACGGAUCUACUCUUCGGAAUCCCCACGCCAAAACUCGAAGUGCCGACGGAACUGAAACCAACUUUAGAUACUCGUGGAUGGUUUAUUACUCCCUUCAAUGGGAAUCCCAUGUGGUCAUCGGUGGUUGCCAUAUUGCCAGCUCUGCUUGGCACCAUCUUGAUAUUCAUGGAUCAACAAAUAACGGCUGUGAUUGUAAAUAGGAAGGAGCAUAAAUUGAAGAAAGGUUGUGGCUACCAUCUCGACCUAUUCGUUCUCGCCAUCCUCAUCCAAGUAUGCUCCAUGAUGGGACUACCUUGGUUCGUUGCAGCUACAGUCUUGAGCAUCACUCAUGUCAAUUCCCUGAAGGUCGAGCCUGAGUGUUCAAUCCCAGGCGUUCGAUCUGCAGGCCAUUUGGGUGUUCUUGAACAACGUGGCACACAUCUACUGAUCUUCCUGACCAUCGGAAUCUCAGUCCUAUUGACGCCCCUACUCUCGCACAUUCCAAUGCCAGUCCUCUUUGGUGUUUUUCUCUAUAUGGGCGUCUCAUCGCUCAAAGGACUGCAGUUUUUCGAUCGUAUUCUCAUCAUGUUCAUGCCAGUUAAAUAUCAACCGGAUUACAUGUUUCUGAGACAAGUUCCCCUUCGACGAGUUCAUCUGUUCACCUGUAUCCAAUUGACAUGCCUCUCUGUGCUCUGGCUGAUAAAGUCCUUCCGGUACACAUCAAUCCUCUUCCCUUUGAUGCUGGUCGUCAUGAUUGGUGUCCGUAAGGCUCUGGAUUGUAUCUUUACGAGGCGCGAACUCAAGAUUCUAGAUGAUGUCAUGCCAGAGAUUACAAAGCGUGCUGUUGCCGAUGAUUUGCAUCACCUGGAGGAUGGAAAUGGUGCUGGAGAGGAAAAUAUCACCCCACACGACUAUUCCGAUCCCAACAUACAAAUACCCCUGGCUAAUGGGAAUAUCAUGAAAAUUCCAAUUAGCUCGAUAAACAUAUCCGAGGAAGUGAGUAAGACAUCAAUUUGGAAGCAAGUGAAUGAUGGAACACGAAGUGUUAUCCCAAACACCCAAACUGCCAAGAAGCUAACAAAGAGUUUGGGAUUGUCCGAUAAGAAGCACAAAGGCAUCAUUAGAGAUUUGAGUCCGAAAGGAGACAAAAGACUUUCCACCAUGGCAGAGGAGGACGAGGUAAAUCAGGAGGAGAAACCAGUGGCCACUUUGCAUAUAUCCCAAGUGUAAAAGAACAUCCAUCACCAUCCAUCCAUCCCUUCAGAUUUCUUCCAAAAUCACAGACACACAAAAAACACACCAUUUUAUUGAUGGAUUGCAAUUUUAGCACAAAAAAAAAUAUUUGCAAGUCAAAAGAGAAAAAUAUUUUAUUCCCAAGCAUUUUAUUUUGUUACUUAUUUUCUUUUUUUCUUUUUGUAAAAUGCAAAAGUAUGUAUAAAAAUUUUACCCAUUUUUAUCACCAAUAUAUAUAUAUAUACAUAUGACCCAAAAACACAAAACAAAAACAUUGUCCCACAGAAUUUUAUCUCAUGGAUAUUGUGAAAAAUUGUUGUAAGGAAACAAAUGAACCUUUGUAAAUUGAGUAUGACUUCCUUUUUGAAACAUUUUGCUGUAAAGAAGAUUUUUGCAAGAAAUUUUUACAUUUUUAUGGAGCCUAAGGGUCUUGUCUGAGGAGGUUGGUGUCCAGGAAAACAAUACUUUUUUGGGGAAUACAACUAAAUUUAGAGGUUAUGUGAAUUCAAUUGUUGUUUCUCUAACCUUAAAUGUCAAUAUUUCAAAGAAUUUGUACAAUUCGGCCAAGAUAUUACAGCAGGAAGUGAGGUUAUGUCUUACAUAACCUAAAACAUUAUCCAUUAAAAAUAUAUUUUAAAUAUAAAUAUUCUAAUCUUCUGGUCACUACACUUUGGGAGCAAUUUUCGUCAAAAAUUGCCUUUUUGAAGAAAAUUACCUGCAGUUGUGUAGGCAGAAACGUCAAAAUUCUGUCAAAAAUGCAAUUCUUGACAAAAAUUGCUCGUAAAUGUACAGGAUCUUCUACCAAUAAUUGAUUUCUUAAAGAGGUUUGGAGGUAAGGAAAUGUGAUAUUUUUGUAAAUUCAAAAAAAAUUAACUGCAAUGAUAUUCUAACCUAAUAAAAGGAAAAGUUUGCAUAAAGUGUCUAGAGGCAAUUUUAUUAAUUUCCUUACACUUCUGUGAGGUUAGAAUUUUCAAUACCUUUUGAAUUAAGAUCUAACCUUAAAAGUCGUUAAAUAUAAGCUCCUAUUGUGAGGUUAGAAUUGAAUAUUUUUCAAUAUAAAACAGACCAAAAAUAUAUCAAAUUUACUUAUUUAUUUAAUAAACAGUUAAGAUACAGUCAAAUUACUCAAAGAUGACAGUUCUGAAUCCUCAAACGCGAACAAUAUUUUCAAAAUGCAACGGGAUUAUUUUGAAAUACACAUAACCUAAAUUAAGAAAAAUAAGUUUAGAGAAUGUAUCGUCAUAAUUUAAUAUAAAAUACAUUCAAUUUGUCAAGGAAGGUAAUAUAAUGAUGAUAUUGAGGAACAACUAGAGGAAAACGGUUAUAAUUCUGACUUCACGCAAAACUUGCUUCAUAUAACCUCAAAUCUCUACAUUUUGAAUUCAACCGUCGCGUCGAUCGGUCGUUCAUAUUUGACGAACUCUACACUUUACUGUAUGUAUACAUUGCCCGCUCUGUAAUCCGGAGGAUUGGGAGACAAUAUGACAGAUGUCCGCUUCGUUAUCCGGAUGGAUUUUUUGAAUUUGUUCAACGUCUCGAAAAUAUAAUACACUCGACUCUUCGUUAUCCGGCAGACUGGGGGACAAAAUGACAUUUAGGUUUUUUGAAUCUGGUCAACGGUUUUUAUAUUUUCUGCUGUGUGAAUUUGUUUUCUGUCGAAAAACAACAGAAUUUUCUUUAUGGUGUGUUUAUGUUUCAUUUUGUAGCACGAUUGUGUGGCAAAAACUUUGAUAAAAUGAAAAUAACACAUUAAUUGACUCUGAACAAACUGCAUGCUUCGUAAAAAAUCGUUUUGAAUACAUCAACCGCCAGCGUUUGGCAGCUGUCACCUGGAUUAUGAAGUGCCGGAUAACGAAGAGUUGAGUGUACAAGAUUUUUUUGUAGAAUUAGUAUAAAAGUUUUAAAGAAGAUUAAAAAAAACAUAAUUAGAGAAUUCUAUGCUACUGUACUUCAUUUAUUAAACAAAAACAUCACAGGAUAAUUCAUUUUCGUUGCUGAACAGACAUGCAUACAUAACCUCAAAAUUAUUUUAUAUGUAACCGUAGAGAACUCGUCCGGAUUACACCGAUCCGGAUUAAAGAGCGGGCUAAUUGCAAAAAUAUUCAUCCAGUUAGAAUUUUCCCGCUCAAAAUAAUCUGAUUCUUUGAGGUUAUGUAUUAAAUAACCUCACAAUUUGCUCAUAAUGUCCUGGCCGAAGGGAAGAAUAGAGCCUUGAAGACUUGUCCUUGCCAAAAUUUUUACAAAUUGUUUUCCUGAAUACUUUUAAACCUCCAUUGAAGGAAUCCAGAAGUGAUUGAAGAAAUGAAAAACGAAAUGUAUUUAGCAAAGUAUUUAGUAAUUUCUGUGUUUUCACCUCACAUAGCCGAUGCCACAUUAGGGAGGCAAUUUAAAAGAGAAAUUUUGUCAAUAAGCUUUAUAUUUUCAUAUUGUCUCCACACACACACCUUCACCCAUGUGACCGUUGUAAAAUUUACUAUAUAUUUUGUACACUUCCACCCCCUAAAACACCUUGAUCUUUAAAAAGAAAUAGAGUUGAUGAUACAGUUUUUUGUAA